GGGUACCACUGUACUACAUGCGGCAUUUAAGCUGCAACUAGAACUGGGAAAAAAUGUCUUUGGAAAUACUUAGCUGCUGUGUCCCCGAAGUCUGGUUAGGAUGUCCCUUUUCAUGACUGGUGGAAACUCAUCAAUGACCUCCCAAUCACACAAGUCCCCAGGUGCAAAAUGCUGCUACUGGGCAGUUGCGAUAUUGGCAGUUGUGGUGUCACAUGCUCCUCUUCCUGUCCUAUUCCCAAGCAGGCUGGUUGCCUUUAUCCUCCCCCCCCCCUGCAACGUCUUUUCACCUAUUUUUAAAACGUACAUUGCAGUAGCAGAGCUCCAAAGUGGCAUGAGAAAGUUAAAAUAAAAAGAAAUUAAAAUAAACCCCAAAGGGAUACUCAGUAGGGCAUAGGGUAGAGUGGUGGGGUUAAGGGAGAGUCAGGAAGGGAGUGCAAUGGCAGUAGCAGCCGCAGUUGUGUGAUUGCAAAGACAUGUGAUAUUGGUUGUUUUAAACCUGAUAUGUUUCCAUCUAUUUUAGACUGACACAAUUAUGUACUAAGGAUUGUCAGAGCAUGAAUGGUAUCCAAAGAAAGAGGAGUCCACUUGGCAAGGACCACCUUUGGUAAAUGCCUUGUGGAAAAGACUUCAGGAGCAUGUGGCACUACCUGGGUGGCUUCUUCAGAUGACAUCAGCAACGAGAGGGCUCUAUAGAAGAGAUAAUCUGGUCCCAUGGUCUUGGAUCUGUAGAAGAGAAGGUGGUGUCCUAGAUAACCUGGUCCCAUGAUCACCCAGAAAAUGCUCCUCCUGCUGGCUCCCAAAUCCCAGGAAUGAAGGCAUGUGCCCCUGAUGGUCCUGAAGUUUUGGAGGAAGAAGAGACACCGAGAGUCACCCAUGCAGAUGAUGGUGAGAUGGCAGAACCCUUGAAGGACGAAGAAGAGGAGGAGGAGGAGGAGGAGGAGGAGGAGGAAGAGGAAAUGGGUGUCUUAUAUAUUGAGCCCCGAAGCCAUCUUGGGAAGCAGGGCUUGCCAGUGACCACUUCAACACCUCCACCCCGUGGAAAGGGAGAGCGCCCUUACCCCUGCAGUGAGUGUGGGAAGGCCUUCAGCCAAUGGUCCAAGCUGGUGCGCCACAGGCGCAUCCACACUGGGGAGCGCCCCAACACCUGCACUGACUGUGGCAAGUCCUUCACGCAGAGUUCCCACCUGGUCCAGCACCGGCGGACACACACAGGGGAGAAGCCCUACGUCUGCGGUGACUGUGGCAAGGCCUUUUCCUGGAGCUCCAACUUGGCUCAGCACCAGCGCACCCACACAGGCGAGAAGCCCUACGUCUGCCGGGAGUGCGGCAAGGCCUUCUCCCAGAGCACGAACCUCAUAAAGCACCAGCGCAGCCACACUGGUGAGAAGCCUUACCGCUGCCCAGAAUGCCCCAAAAGUUUCUAUCGCUCCUCGGACCUCAUCCAGCACCAGAUCACCCACACAGGCGAGCGCCCCUUCAAGUGCGAAGAGUGUGGGAAGGGGUUCACCCAGAGCGCCAACCUGGUCAAGCACCGGAAGAUCCAUGCUGGGGAGAAGCCCUUCCGGUGCAACGACUGUGGCAAGACCUUCAUCCAAAGCUCCGAGCUCAUCCAACACCAGCGCACCCACUCGGGGGAGAAGCCCUACCAGUGCCAGGAGUGUGGCAAACGCUUUGGCCAUGGGGCUACUCUAGUCAAGCACCAGCGGCUUCACAUGGGGGUUGAGCCUUACCGCUGUGGCGACUGUGGCAAAACCUUUGGACUAAGCUCGGCCCUGGAGCGGCACCGGCGAUGCCACAGUGAGAGUCGCCCAUAUGCCUGCACUGAGUGUGGUCAGAGCUUCUCUUUGGCCUCCAACCUCACCCUCCAUUCCCGCAUUCAUCGGGGUGAGAAGCCCUAUCGAUGUGCUGACUGUGGCAAGUGCUUUGGCAUGAGCUCCACUCUCAUUCGCCACCAGCGUAUCCACACAGGUGAAAAGCCCUAUGCAUGCCUUGACUGUGGCAAGGCCUUCGUCCGCAGCUCACACCUCACUCAGCACCGCCGGACGCACACUGGUGAGCGGCCAUACCACUGCGAGGAGUGUGGCCGACGCUUCUCCCAGAGCUCCAACCUCAUUACCCACCAGCGCAUCCACAUGGAGGAACGGCCCCAUGUCUGCCAUGGCUGUGGGCGGCGUUUUGCUCAGGAGGAGGAACUGCAGCGCCACCAGCAGGAGGAGAAAGAGAAAUGUAGCGUGCGAAAAAGAGAAUCUAAAGAGUCAGAGAGUGACAUAUGUGAGAAGAGUGGUGAGGAUGGCCAUGUAACCUGUGCCAUAUGUGGGCUGGACUGCAAAGAUGUUGCUACACUGGGUCAGCAUCAGGAGAUCCAUGGUGCCCACCUCUGUAACCUUUGUGGGCAGACCUUCCAAGACAGUGCAGGGUUAGUGCACCACCGAGAAAGCCAUACAUCCUAUAUCUGUACUGAGUGUGGGAGAAGUUUUGGUGAUGCCCAUGCCUUGGCCUGCCAUCAGGAGAAUCAUGAAUCAUUGAUCUGUGGCAUAUGUGGCCAGAAUUUCAAGGAUAGCUUGACCUUGGCACACCAUGAGGAAACCCACUCACUACCGAACCGCAGGACAUUUGAAGGGAAGUAUGUCAAGAGUAAAGCACGUGUUCUGCACAGCAAGAGCGGGAAGUGCUUUAAGGGGAACCCAAAGCUUAGGUUUGAGCAGAAAUCUUGUAAGGAUCUUGUAUGUAGUGAUUCCCUGGAAAGUUUUGCAGUUGGGGCUGUUCUGGUGGAGCAUCAGGAAACACAAGCUUGUGUCUGUCUGGAAUGUGGAGAGAGCUGCCAGGAUCGUUUGGCACUGGCGGAUCACUGCCAGAGUCAUGGCAGACUCCACUGUUGCUCUGAAUGUGGGCUGUCCUUUACUAAACACACAGCUCUCCACCACCACCAGCUCACCCAUUUGCAGGAGAAACUUUACAAAUGCUCAGAGUGUGAGCAAAGUUUUGGUGGCAUCCUAGAUCUCACUCGACACCAGAAAGAACACACUGGUAAGAGGGUACAACGAGGUGUGCAGUGCCGGCAAAACCUUAUGGGCACUACAACCCUGAAAUGUCACCAGAGCAGCCCCAAGAAGGACAGUAUGGAUGGAUGUCUUGAACCUGUAGGAUCUUUUAACAUUGACUCAGAUUUUUCUCAGAAGAAUCACAUGGGGAGGUUUCCCAAUAAAUGUCUUCUUGCACCUCAAAAAAUCUUCCCCAGUGAUGAACCCUGCACUGAACAUUUAGUCCCUAGCUCCUGUCAGAGCAUGUCACUGGAGGGCCAGCCAUUUCAGAGCCAAUCAAGUCUUACUGCACAGCAAGGAAUCCCUGCAGAAGACAAGGCUCUUGGUAGUGCACCUCAGAGAAGCCCUGCUGAAGAGAAAGCACCCUUGUCUGGGCUUCUCAAGGACAGCUGCAUUCUUGCCUCCCAGAAGCAAACUCAGAUUGAAGAGAAGCCUGGCUCAGAUCACCAGGGAGUAAGUCCAUUGCAAGAAAUCUCUCCUGUCACUCCACCUCAUAAAAUAACCCCUCCUGGGGAGCGGUCUACUCCAGCUUCCACUGAAAUGGCUGCCCUCAUCCGGCACCCCAGCCCCAAUCCCUACAAAUGUCACAACUGCAAGCAGAGUUUUGCAGAUGCUACUGGCUUGUCCCACCACCAAAUUGACCAUAGGAAGGAACGGUUGCUGAAAUGUCCUGACUGCGGGAGGGGCUUCCCGGAAAGGCUGGCUCUGAUCCGCCACCAGACAGAACACACAGCAGAGAAAUCCAGGGGCUCAUGGCAAACGCUGCGAAGAAAAAGCAAUCAUGGCAAGGAGAGGGACCAGGGGAGUUCUCUGGAAUUUGGGGAAAGUUUCACAGAGAUCUCAGCCAUCCUUUUGCAGAGGAGGAACCAUGUCCCUGAAACGGGCACCCGACAGCACUUGAAGAACCAUGGGACUGAUAGGAAGCGAGAUGCAGGAGAUGUGCUGGAGCCCUACUUUCAUCUUGAAUUUGGGAAAAAUUCCAACAUGGGUGGUGGGUUGGCGCGUCACCAUGUACAGCAGGACAGGGGGAAAUAUUUUGCACAUUCUGAGCCUGGGAAGAUGUCUAGAAAUAGCUCAAUAUUGUUACAGCAUCUCCAGAACCACACGGGAGAGAAAUCAUAACACCCCAGGAACUGUGGGAUAUGUGUCAGUUCCAGAGAGGUGAUGGGUAUGGCCCAUGAGAUUGUGUCUCCUAUUGUUCUCUUUCCCCCACUGCUCAGGGUGUAUUAUGUUGGGGGGCAGGCAUAUAGACUGAUAUCAUUGGGGUGCUUAGGAUUGCCAGGCCUGGAGACAUGCAUUAAGAGGUAGAGAAGAUAUUACAGACAUUGUUAUUAGACUGGAGUAUGCAGAUGGACAGAAUGGAAACAGGAUGUUGUAGCAAACAGUGCAGGGUGAGAAAUUAUUGCUUUCUUUGCCAGCAAAACAUAGUGUGUGUCCCCCUGUCCUGGUAACAUUUUCUUUUUUCUCAUUUUUCCUGCUUUCCCUCUCUUCCCCUGCCCAACCUCUGGCACCAAACAUCUUUUAAGGAAUUAUGUGAAUAUCUGUAUUGUGGAAUGAAGAGGAGAUGGCUUGUACAGAAUAUGGUUCAUAUUAUGUUGAGAUGGACUUCCAGAGUGUAUGUGAGUGUAUGUGAGAGAGAAAGUGUCUGUGUGUGUGUACAUGUACAGGUACUUAUGUACCUGUAUUUGAAGACAAGCAAGUAGAAAUGGGAAUCUUCCAAAAGCCAUCUCCCUACCAUUUCCCAGGAAUGCUGUUCCACCAUGGUCAUAUUUUUUGAAGGAUGAGAAACAUUUGCUUUCAUUGCUGGAAAUCCUCCUCCUGUCCAAAAUGGCUGCCUUUGACACUUCAUGUUGUAUCUGCUAUUCCUCAUAUUGAUUACCAUGUGACAUCUUUUGGUCAUUUCCUGUUCUGACCACAUUAGCAGGAUAUUGACAGUGGCUUUGGGUAAUCAAAUGAGCUUGCUCCCCUUUUCCAUGGGUUCUUUUGGUGCUUGCCCAAGUUCAGUGGCAUUAGUGAGCUGGAAUAGUCUGCUACCGCAUAUCUGCUCCUCCUUAGAUUUCUAUUCCAUGGAAUUUUGUAAAUCUUAGGAGAGGAGAAGAACAUGAAGUUGGGAGGAUCUUCUUAUGGAUGAUUUAAUCCACAGCUGACCAUCAUUGGUAGAAUUCUGAAAAUUGCAGUCCAUUUUUAAAACAGAAUUUUGCUUGGCCCCAUGAUUUCAGAGGUGUUUUUUUAAUUAAGUGAAGCAGAUUUCCUGGGCUUUCAAACCAUCAAAUGUGUUUCUGACAUCACACUCUCUUUUUCUUCCUUAUUAGAUUUUAAACAUACUUCCUAUCCCAGUACAAUUUUAGUUUAAAGAGCCAUUCAUUACAAACAUCUACCUCACCACUUCAAGCUGGAUCAUGUCAGGCAAUUUUUAUACAAAAAGUGCAGUAGAGAUGAUAGGUAAAACUCAUCAUAGAAAGAACAGUCCAUUUGUCAGUGGAACUACAGGACACAAAGACAGCCAUAGUAACAGGUUUCUUAACUUGUCACAUAAAACAGAUUUUCUGCAUCUUAAAAAUUAUCCUCUGUUGCUGGUACAGCUUUGAUUUCAAAUUCCUUCUCAAUUUUAGUAACUACCUCAUCCACUUUGUCUGUGUUGUCCCUUUAUCAAAAAGAAAGUUAAGUAGAGGAGUUGGCUGUUGCUUCUCCAGAAUCCUUGCCACUUGCUACCUAAAGACUAAGACCCUAGAGACCAGUAGAGGCCAUGGGUGGAUAACUUACACAACCACAGAUCAGCCUGAAAACCAGUAACUUUUUGUAAGGAGCUAGUUGACAUAGCCUGUGGCCCAUCAGCAAGAGACUGAAGGUCCUCAAAGCCUUCCAGCUAUAGGAAUGGUUGAUAGCAUCAUCUCUACACGUGAACCCACAAUAUACUUGGGCUGAACCUAUGGCAACUCUCAACCUUUCUGUUCUGGGGUUCGAAGUCAAGGGUGAGGAGCAUGAUGGCAAGAUGGCCAUGCAAGAGUGUCCUUUUGUCCUUUCUGCAAGAAUCAUAGAGUUGGAAGAGACCAGUCCAUCACCUGCCAUGCAUGAUCUCUCACAAUGAAAGCAUCUCUGAGAGAUGGCCAUCAAGCCUCUGCUUAAAGACCUCUAAAGAGGGAGACUCCAUCAUUCUCCAAGGGAGUUUAUUCCACUGUCAAACAGCUCUAACU